ACACAAUGUGUUUUGUUUGUUUGUUGUUGUUUUUUUGUAGCCAAAUCCAUCUUCUAUCCUGGUUGGGCUAUUUAUGUGUAAUUAAAUGGCAUUCGGGGCAGCAUGGUACCCUAGUGGUUAGCACGUUUGCCUCACGGUUCUGACUAUCUGGGUUUGAAUCUCAGCUUUGCUUUAGCCUCCCAGUGUGGAAUUCGCAUCUUUGCCUAAUACUCGGAAUGUGGGAGGAAGACAAGAGUACCUGCUAGACACAGGAAGCCCUGAGCCCGGAUUCAAACCUCACCUCAGAACUGUGAGAUAUAUGCUAAGCACUCAGCCACAGUGCCACCCGCAAUAACUACAACAUUCCUUUCCCUUUGUUCCCCGAGCUCGCUUCUCCAGCUGUGAUCCGACAAGGAUUCUCCUGAUGUGGAUCUGACAGAAAGAAACGUCCCUUGACCCCCGUCGUCCCGCUGAGAGAAGCUCAUUCGACAACAUGGACAUCUAGGCUAAUUGCAACCGUCUCGCUCAUCCUGCUGUCAAGCAUCAGAAUUGGAAGGUCAAGACUGUCAUUACCAUAGAAUUCAUUUCUGAGAAGAGUAUGCGCAAAGGGAAGAGCCCUGAGUCCAUGCAUUGCACAUCACUCCGUGGAGCUUUCCGAUGCAGCCACGAGAAUGACUGGUCUCACAGCACUUACUGGCACACGCUGAUGGGAAAAUCAAUAGGAGCAGUGACGUCAGAGAACUGGACUACAUUUCCCACAACGCCAAUUGUCGGGGUGACGUCACAGCCAAGCGCCCAUAACCUUGUGGUUGUGUGUGCUGAGGAAACAGAGCUCGUCUAAACGUUUUAUUUAGCAUAAACUGACGAAAAAUGAGCAAGUAUGUGUUACCAGUUUCCUUUUUUGGAACUGUUGUUGGAUGUGCUGUCUUACUGAAGAACCAUGUGACCGGGGGUCGGUGUCCUAGCAAGGCCAAGCUAAAUGGGAAGACGGUGAUUAUAACAGGGGCCAACACGGGCAUUGGCAAAGAGACGGCACGGGAACUGGCCCUGAGAGGGGGUCGGAUCAUUAUGGGAUGUCGAGACAUGGAGAAAUGCGAGGCGGCUGCAAAAGAAAUCCGGGGUAGCACCCUGAAUCCUCAUGUUUAUGCCUGCCACCUUGACUUGGCCUCCAUGAAAUCCAUACGAGAGUUCGCCGAGAGGAUCAAAAAAAAGGAGCAGCGUGUGGAUGUGCUCAUAAACAAUGCGGGGGUCAUGAAAUGUCCUGCCUGGAAAACAGAGGAUGGCUUUGACAUGCAAUUUGGAGUUAACCAUUUAGGCCACUUCUUAUUGACCAAUCUUCUGCUGGAUAGGUUAAAAGAAUCCGCCCCCAGCAGAGUGAUCAACUUGGCCUCGCUUGCCCACCUUGUUGGAAAGAUGGACUUUGAGGACCUGAACUGGGAAAGGAAAAAGUUUAAUACCAAGCAGGCGUACUGUCAGAGCAAGCUUGCCAAUGUUCUCUUCACCAGAAAGCUGGCCAAGCGUUUACAAGGUACAGGAGUCACGGUGAAUGCUGUCCACCCCGGGGUUGUUUCCACGGAGCUCGGCAGGCACACUGGCCUGCACCAAUCGCAACUCUCCACGACUGUGCUCAGUCCCUUUUUCUCCCUAUUGGUGAAGAACCCAGAACUGGGGGCCCAGCCCAGCAUCUACCUGGCAGUAGCAGAGGAGCUCGACGGGGUGACGGGACGCUACUACGACGUGUUGACAGAAAAGGAGCCAGCUCCCCAGGCCAUGGAUGAGGAGGCAGCUCGCAGGUUAUGGGAGAUCAGCAGCAGGCUGGUGGGUCUGGAGGAGGACAAAGGACAGCCCAGCAAGUCCAGCCAGGAUGAGCUGCCAGCACAGAGUCGGCAGACACAUGGACAGAACCCAGGACCAGUUGUUGGAGCUGUGGGGUUGUAGCACGUCUACUCUACUGCUUUGGCCCGGCAGCUAUAGCGGACUCCAGUGGUGCCCUGACUUACAAGUUUAAAUUGUUUGACGAACAUGCUCGUAACUCAAAACACCCGUACCUCAAAUCGGCUUUGCCCCUUGAAAUGAAUAGAAAUGCAAAACAAUAGCACUACGGUAUUUUACUUUUAAAAAACAUACAGUAAUAACAUGAUUAAAUGAAUGUAAAUAAUUAAA